UAUGAGAAAUUCUACACCGUUGAAAUCAUAAUCUCAACAUCAUAAAUGUGGAAAGUUCAAUAACUAAAUUCAGCGUAGGAGCACUCAAGAACAGGAUUUAUUUACUAAAUACAACCAAUUGCUCAAAUAACAUGCUUAAUCUAUCUCUUAAAGAUCUUAGAUUAUUCAAGCAAGUCAAUAUUUACUAAAAGGAGGGUUUACAAAUAAUCAGAAGAACACAAGGAAUACUUUGAAUGUUAUUUCGGAUAUUUGUAAUGCCUAAUAGUAAAAAUCUUCUUAAAGAAAUAAAAGUCAGGGCAGCAGUUCAAAGGCAGGAGGCACUAGUUCUCAAAACCAUUUAAUCACAAACCAUAAGUCGGGACCUCAUAAAAUGAUAUCAGACACAUCUAAAACUAAUGAAGCCAUAUAAAGAUUACUAAAACUCAAAUGA